GGUCCCGGGCGGAUGCGCCCGCUCCAACUCCCCGCCGUCACCUUCCACUGACCUACUUGAGAGGCAAGGGGCUGAGGAGCCGCACGCUGGACUCCUUUUUUAUCGGCGGAAGGAUCGCGUUUCGUUUUAUCACGGGACACGCCCGCUUGCGGCGGAGUGGUACUGGACUGGGCGAAGAGGCACGAGCGCCCGCGCUCGGGGCCCGGCCAGACUGUGCGCAGCUCGCCUGAGGACGGAGCCACUGACCGCGCCCGUGGAUACGCGCGCACACAGAUAUAUACACACACGCACACAGAUACACAUCGCCCCGCUGAGCCUGCGUCUGCGAACCGGCUUCGUCCCAAUAUGAGCAGCCUCGUCCGCGCUGACAGACACCAGGCUUUCUGUGAGAAGCAGCAGAAAAUAAAGGAAGAGGUUUGGAAGACAAUAUAUUAACAAAUGAGAAAAGUAUGCAAGUUAGUGGAUUGAAAACAAGAAGAGGGAAUAUACUGAAAUUAAUUCAGCAAGGAGAAUACAAUUGGGGAAAAAGUGGAGAAAUUCCAAGAAAGAAAAGUUUAUGAUGCAUUAUUACCACAGAAGAAAUUCAUGUCUAUAGCUUUUAAGGACUUGGUUACAUCAUUUUCAAGCCUGGUAGUUUUGGAAUCAUCAUUGCAGCCCAAGACGCAUCUAUCUGCAUUUCAAUAACCGUCUUCAUAUAAGAAGAUAUUGAAAGUGACGUACUGUGCUUUAAUACACCUGUAUCAUUGGAUUAUUCAAGAUCCCCCAGUUAUAAAUUUACAGUUGUAUUUAGCAGCCAAAAACAGCAAAAUGAUUCCUAAUGGGUAUUUGAUGUUUGAAGAUGAAAAUUUCAUCGAGUCAUCUGUUGCCAAAUUAAAUGCCUUGCGCAAAAGUGGUCAAUUCUGCGAUGUACGACUCCAGGUGUGUGGGCAUGAGAUGUUGGCACACAGAGCAGUCUUAGCUUGCUGCAGUCCCUACUUGUUUGAAAUAUUCAAUAAUGACAGUGAUUCUCAUGGAAUUUCGCAUGUUAAAUUUGAUGAUCUCAAUCCAGAAGCAGUUGAAGUCUUGUUGAAUUAUGCCUACACUGCUCAGUUAAAAGCUGAUAAAGAACUGGUAAAAGAUGUGUACUCUGCAGCAAAGAAGUUGAAGAUGGAGAGAGUCAAGCAGGUUUGCGGUGAUUAUUUACUCUCCAAGAUGGAUGUUCAGAGCUGUAUCUCAUACCGGAACUUUGCAAGUUGUAUGGGAGAUUCACGUUUGUUAAACAAGAUUGAUGGGUACAUUCAGGAGCAUUUGUUGCAGAUUUCAGAACAGGAAGAAUUUCUCAAACUUCCACGAUUAAAGCUUGAGGUAAUGCUUGAAGACAAUGUUGGUCUGCCCAGCAAUGGAAAAUUAUACACAAAGGUAAUCAACUGGGUGCAGCACAGUAUCUGGGAGAACGGAGACAGUCUAGAAGAUCUGAUGGAAGAGGUUCAAACGUUGUACUACUCAGCUGAUCACAAGCUGCUUGAUGGGAAUCUUCUAGAUGGACAGGCUGAGGUGUAUGGCAGUGAUGAUGACCACAUUCAGUUUGUGCAGAAAAAACCACCACGUGAGAAUGGUCACAAGCAGAUAAGUAGCAGCUCCUCUGGAAGUCUUUCUCCAAAUGCCACUGUACAGAGCCCUAAGCAUGAAUGGAAAAUCGUUGCCUCAGAGAAGACUUCGAAUAAUAUCUACCUGUGUCUUGCUGUUCUGGAUGGUGUAUUUUGUGUGAUCUUCCUUCAUGGACGGAACAGUCCUCAGAGCUCUCCAACUAGUACUCCACGACUCCUGAAAAGUCUGAGUUUUGAGAUUCAACCAGAUGAUGUUAUAGAGAAGCCCAUGUCUCCUAUGCAGUAUGCAAGAUCAGGAUUGGGAACAGCAGAACUUAAUGGCAAGCUAAUAGCCGCAGGUGGCUAUAACAGAGAGGAAUGUUUGCGCACAGUGGAAUGCUAUGACCCCCAGAAGGACUGCUGGACUUUCAUCGCACCUAUGAGAACUCCAAGAGCUAGAUUCCAAAUGGCUGUUCUGAUGGGACAUCUGUAUGUUGUAGGUGGAUCAAAUGGCCACUCAGAUGACUUGAGCUGUGGAGAAAUGUAUGAUCCAGAAAUAGAUGACUGGACUCCUGUUCCAGAACUGAGAACCAACCGUUGCAAUGCAGGAGUAUGUGCUCUGAAUGGAAAGCUGUAUAUUGUUGGUGGUUCAGAUCCUUAUGGUCAAAAGGGACUUAAAAAUUGCGAUGUGUUUGAUCCUGUAACAAAAUCUUGGAUGAACUGUGCUCCCCUUAACAUUCGUCGACAUCAAUCAGCAGUAUGUGAAUUGGGUGGAUAUUUGUACAUAAUUGGAGGAGCAGAAUCUUGGAACUGCCUGAAUAGCGUGGAGCGCUAUAAUCCAGAGAAUGACACCUGGAUGCUAAUUGCUCCUAUGAAUGUGGCUAGACGUGGAGCAGGAGUGGCUGUUCAUGAUGGAAAACUUUUUGUUGGUGGAGGCUUUGAUGGUUCUCAUGCUGUCAGCUGUAUGGAGAUGUAUGAUCCUUCUAAAAACGAAUGGAAGAUGAUGGGAAAUAUGACUACUCCAAGAAGCAAUGCUGGCAUUACAACUGUUGCAAAUACCAUUUAUGCAGUCGGAGGAUUUGAUGGCAAUGAAUUCCUGAAUACUGUUGAAGUGUAUAACCCAGAAUCAAAUGAAUGGAGCCCAUACACAAAGAUUUACAAAUUUUAGCCCAUUUGAGCCCUGCUUUUGAACUAACAGGCUUAGUGAUGUAAUUGUGUGUUAAUAGAAGUACACAUGUGAAUAGAGUGGGGAGGGCAUAGAAGUUGCCAAAAGCAACACAAAGCUUUUGCAUAUUGCAUAUUAUUAAUGUGCUGUAUAUAUUUGUUUUGGAAAGAAUAUAAAGAUGAAGGGUUUUUUGUGUAUUUCAGAAUGUCGUUCUAGAUUUUUUUUUUUUUUUUAAGAUCUUGAGGAUUGGUAUUGCAAGGGAAACUAAACUGAUUGGGCAUAUCAUUUCAGGAGCUCCCCCCCCAUGUUUGUUUUGCCAAUUUGCACAUUGAGUAAUUUUUUUUUUAUUAGAAUGUGUUUCUGGGACAGGAGGGUAGGGGUUUGGGGUGUUAGUCAGUUGUUUUUUCAGGCCUCUCUCUUUUUCUCUUCAGUAACUGGAACAAUCUGUAACAAGAAGCCUUAUUUAAAUAGAUAUAAUGGCUAUUUUUUUUAUUAAAAAGCUGACAUGCCUGCCAAUACUUAACCUUUUAUGAUUGCCUUUUUAUAACAAUUUUUAUAUACUCAGCAGAGUAUUUUACCUGCUGAUGUGAAAGUGGCAGUUAAGCGGUUAUUCAAGUAGAGAGACAAUCUUGGAGUUCAUAAGAUGAGUGGGACACUAGAUUUACCACUGUACAUGAGCUUCUAAGCUUUUGCCUCUGCUACAGUAUACUUAUGCAACAGUGAUAUUUCAUUAGAUUUUGAAUGGAGUUUCUGAACAUAACAUAGCUGUGACUUUUUAGUAUUUGAAAAUCAUUUUGGCUCCAACUACUUUGACAAAUGCAGAGGGGUGCUUUCUUUACAGCAGUUUUGUUACAACUGUUGAGCUACUAACAUUUGUAAAAGUAAAACACAAACCAAUUGUGUAUUCUCAUGUUUUUAGACUGCUAGUAGGUAAUGAAAGCAUUUAUCCAUUUAAAUUAGUAACUAUUUUUCUAAUACUGCAAGCUAGAUUGUGCUAUAAUACAAACUGUAUUUGAUUCACAGAUGCUCAUAGUACUAUGUUUUGGUUCAUUUUCUCUAUUCAGAUGGAUAAAGAAUAUUGGUUGGGAUGACUUGGUGUCUAAUGUGUAGUGCUGCACAUCUAACUUUUGGUGCCAAAGUUAGCACUUAAUGCUUGCUGCUGAUGCAAACACAUUAAAGGUACCUUUUGGAAAAUCCUUGUACCACA